AUGAGGUCCGCGGGCGGCCGCGGCCGGGGGCUGGGGGGGCUGGCACUACCGAGCCCGGCCCCGUCCUCCCGCCGGCCGGUGCCCGCUCGCCCCGACUCGUCUCCCCCGCAGCCAGUUUUAUUUCAGUUUCGCGGGACAUUCUUGGCCGCACCCUCGACCCACUCGGGCCCUGGCGCGGGGCGAAGGAGCUCCGCCCGCGGGGCUUCCCCUGCCGCCUCGGCGGGCGGCGCGGGCUCCGGCGGUUCGGUUCGGGACGGCGCGAGCGUGGGGCUGGAGGAGGCCGCCUCCGCGCGCCCCGGCCCAGCCGAGUCCCCUCCUGAACCUCGGGGAACGGCAACGGAAGAAGCGGGAGCCUUUGCGAAAUCAGCGGCGCCUCACACUCUCGAGCGGGCUCGGGAGUCAGGGCGAGGCAGACUCGAACCUCGGACUCCGCGGUGCCCGGAGAUGAGGCCGGAUUGGGGACCUCGGCCCCGCGCGCUGCUCCUUCUGGUAACUCUGGUGGUCCGGCCAGGCGAUGGCAACAGGAGCAGCGCCACUGGAGGCUGCCACUGUAGUAGAAGGAUCUCUUCUAGCUCCCGUCCCCAGAAGGAGUUCAUGGAACCUCUCCGAAGACACACGAAAGCCUACAAUCACUGUGGAGUGUACGUCAGGUUCCAGCUUCAUUCUCGGAGUGUGUGCGGGGACAGAGGAGACCAGUGGGUUCUUGAGUUGAUGAGCUGCUUUGAUCGCAGAGAGUGUGGACGUGCUUAUUGGGAGAAUCUGGUCCACCAGAAGCAUUUGUCUUCCCCUGGCACCCUGAUUUCUAGGGCCACAGAAGCGGCACCUCCAGACAGAACUCAUGCCCAGAAGUACCCAUCAUCCUCCUUGUCAUUUACUGAGAAGCCUACCCUUCUGCUGGGAACACUGUCCUUAGAGAAAGAGCCCAUCAGCCUCAAGGAAACCACCACUUCCCUUUCGGGCUACAGUCUGGGAGUUGAACAUGAGGCUAAAGAGAACCAGAAACAGUUGGAAGAAAAAGCAGGUGCUACUAGUGGAACAUCAGCUGUGGUGCCAGUACUGUCCCUCCUGUUCAUUGUUUUCUUCCUCACUGGAGUCAUCCUCUACAUGUGGUGCAAGAGGAAGCAGCCAGUGCAGUACUCUCCAGGUGUUACGGCUUGUGUCUAGAUGUCCCCCCAAAACCUCAUGCAGUCAUAGGUGGGGCUUUCUGGAGGUGGCUGGAUCUGGGGUGUGUGACACUGAGAUCAAGGGUGUAAUGUUGGGCUCGAUUUGUGGUGUGAUACUUGGAUUAUGGGUACUCCAACUGGCUGUGAGAGCUUCCUGCCCUGGAUAGGAUAUAAGAAACAGAAGGAGGGUUGAUAUGUGAAGAAGUUCAGGUCUGGUUGGGUCAAGUAUGCCGCACUCCGCUCUUGAGCAUGCUCAGAGACAAAAAACAGAGUUGAGCAAGCUCACUCCACUGUGUAGAAACUAGAUCAAGUCGAGCAUACCUCCUCACUCUUUGGGUCAUGACUCCUUCCCCUCGCCCAGACAAUCACCCCAUACAGUUUAAAAUAAAUUUAACUAAUAAGAGGAUGUCAUAUGUUCUCCAUUGUGUAUAAUUAUAUCCCUUUCCAUCCAAUCAAAUUAUGCCAAGGCUAAAGCUGUUAUAACCCCACGUAUGUAAUCGCCCUUUUAUUUCGCUAUAUAAGCUUGUGUAGUUCCUCAAUAAAGCAGAAGCGUUCCUGAAA